AUGUCUGACCAGCGCAUCUUUCAAUACGUGCCGUCCGGAGCUUGGGGUCUUGUCGAGCCUCUCUUCUCGCAGCGCGCUAAAUCGCUUUUGCUUACUCUGAUCGACUUUGUCGAGAACGACGUCCUGCCCGCUGAGAACCUCUUCCAUGCCCAACUCGCGCCUCACGGUCCGGAACGAUGGAAGUCCAUUCCUGCCGUCCUAGAGGAGCUCAAGAACAAGGCCAAGAAGCAGGGUCUGUGGAAUCUGUGGUUGAGUAAGGGAGAGUUCUCGGGGAUGGCGGGUGGAUCGGGAGGCGGACUGACCAAUCUCGAGUACGCGGUCAUGGCGGAGAUCAUGGGUCACUCUGUCAUCCUCGCUCCUCAGGCCACCAACUGCUCUGCUCCCGACACCGGGAACAUGGAGGUCCUUGCUCGAUUCGGCACCCAGGCACAGAAGGACAAGUACCUCGGCCGCUUGCUCCAGGGGGAGAUCAGGAGUAGUUUCUCCAUGACCGAGUAUGGAGUCGCUUCUUCCGACGCUACCAACCUCAAGAACACGACCGCCCGCGUAGAAGGCGACAAGGUCAUCGUCAACGGCCACAAGUGGUGGAUCUCCGGCGCUGGUGACCCGCGCAACGCUAUCCAUAUUGUUCUGGCAGUGACCGACCCGUCCAACCCUUCGCCACACAAGCGUCACUCGCUCGUCCUUGUCCAACCGAGCUCGAAGGGAGUUGACGUUGUCCGACCGCUCCAAGUCUUUGGGUAUGAUGAUGCCCCCGAAGGGCACUGCGAGGUCAAGUACAAGGAUGUCGUGAUUGGCGUGGAGGAGGGGAUCGUCGGCGGUCGGGCGGGUCUCGGAAGGGGAUUCGAGAUCAUCCAAGCUAGACUCGGUCCUGGUCGUCUGCACCACUGCAUGCGGUCUAUCGGAAUGGCCAGCAAGGCCCUCGAGCUGCUCAUGCAGCGUGUCACCGACCCAAUCCGGAAGACCUUCGGCAAGGAGCUUCACCAGCACGGUACCAUCCUUGCUGAUAUUGCCAACUCCCGCGCCGAGAUCGAUCAAGCCCGCCUGCUUGUUCUGGCUGCGGCAAGGCAGAUCGACCUGCACGGCGCCAAGGCCGCCAUGAAGGAUAUCGGUAUCUCCAAGUUCACUGUCCCCACUAUGGCUCUUCGCGUAGUCGACCGCGCGAUCCAAGUACACGGCGCCGAGGGUAUCUGCCAAGACACGCACCUGCCAUACUUCUACGCCCAGCUCCGAACCCUCCGAUUCGCCGAUGGUCCUGAUGAGGUCCAUGUACAGCAGAUCGGGAAGCAGGAGCUCAAGCGGGUACCGAUGCUCAGGGAGCGCUAUGAUGGGGUCCGCAAAAGGGAGGAGGCGCUCUUCAAGGCGCACGGCAAGGUCAAGGCGAAGUUGUAA